GUAAAAAAAUGUGGAAAAAAAAAAUCCAAAACUUUUAUUCAAUCGCCUAAAAGUUGACAAGAUGGAUUUAAAUAAGCAUUACUACGUACGUCGAUCGGUGCUCUGUCGGAUAGCCUGAUCAAACCGUAACACUCCAACACGAGACUUCCUGAUCAAGGGGACAAUCAAUCAUUGAACAACAGCACGCACUGGGGAAUAUCUCAAUCCCUUUUGUUAAUUGCAACAAACAACUCUUUAUCUUUCGAAGCCUAGAAUCCUCCGUUUUUUUUUCUUAUUUUCUAACCAAAUACAGGCUCCAGUCUUUGACAGAUCGCACCAUCCUCUACACCUAGACUAGGCCGUGCCGCCUUUUAGUCCGCAUUUCGUCCACCUACAUUUCACUCUUCACUCACCCAUUCGCUCACUCACUCACUCGGCACUUACUUGCUCAAACCCAUCAGAUAUAUGAAAUGAAAGUGAAGUGAUUAUGGCGGCCGCCAGUCCUUCGUCAUCAGAACUCUCAUCUCCGCCCGCUUCUGACGAUGAGGUCUAUGGCCUCGAGCCCCAAUGUCACCCACGGGCGAAGGAGCCGCCGACACAAAAGCCGAGCGAGGAGGAAGUGAUCGUUGCAGUUUCUGGGAUCGAACAAGAAGAGUCGCGAGUUCACGACACAAUCACGGUAGCGACCACCAUUACUUCACCAGCAGUGUCGGUCAAGGCUACCACCCCAGCACCGCUCGAGGUCACCGCUGUGGUAAAUGGCAAGGAAUCACCUCCGCCUGCCCAAGUCACAUCGGAUAUCCAGUCGGGGGAAAUCGAGGCUGCUGAGCCAUUGAUUGACGUAGGCGAGACCCCAUCCUCGUCUUGUGCUUCUUCCAGGCCCAAGAGAAAAAGGGAAAGCAAGGUCCAGCCCUCGGCUACGGCGCCGGCUCCGGCUAUCAAGAAAGCUCUCACCCCGGCUGCAAAGCGCCGCAAGAAGCAAUGGGAACCGCCUUUUGUUUACACCAGUCCCAAUUCUCCAUUGGUAAAGAAAAACAUUGAUUUAAGGGCAAUGCUCUGCAACCCAUUAGCCUGGGAUGGCCUCUCGCCAGCCCAGCAACAGUCCUUAAUCCCGCUGUUCCCUCCCGGCUUCGUCCUUGAUAAGGGCACACCGCACGCGCGGCCAAACACCCAGGCCAUGCUGAACAGUGACGAUUUCAGGCAUGACUGCGCUCAGUACCUGACCAACAUACGCCUGGGCCGGCACGAGCCCGAGUGGAUCCUGCAGGCACAAGAGGCGCACCUCAAGCGCAAAAAUGGCGACUUUGACGACUUUCUUAGGAAGAAGUUUCGUGACGACUGGGGCGCCGAGCCUCCUGAGGGAUAUCCGGAACCGGAGAGGGUUGCUGCGCUGCAGGCGCGCGAGAAUGAAGAGGGAGAAGAGAAGAAGAUGACGGGUAAGACUGAAAAGAUAGAAAAUGGUGAGAAUAAUCAUUUGGGAAAGAAUUGCGAGGCGAAAGUGGCGGACAAGCCGCUCAGAUUGCCAUCGCAUGAGAUCGGACAGCAACACCAGGAGAGGAAACCUCUCGAUCAGAAACUCAGGCAACCAAAUUGCUGCAGCACUACUGAGGUUGGUACAUGAGGAAAGGCCUCCUCAAAAUUUUGGCAUGAAAUACGUACAAUUUUGCUUUUGGCACAUAACUAUGAGGCUUCAAAAGGCACGCACGUCUUUCAAUGUACACAAGAGAAAACACCCUAAACCGUAUCGGCCGUUCUCGGCUUUUGUAAGGGGCAUGGAAGGAUACAAUUCAAACAGGCUACCAGAUUUGAGUUGACAUGGCCUUGAUGCAGGAAUUCGUUCGAUAGAAAAAAUAACAUCAUGGGCCAGUUUCGAUCAAGCGAUCCCCAUCUAGAUAGCUGUGCUUAUAACCGCCGGGAUGCGCCACAGUCGAGGCAUAACUACAUCAGUCAAGAAAAGUCUCUUUGCGCG